AUGAAUAUUUGUGAACAAUGUGGAUAUCAUUUGAAAAUGAGGAGUUCAGAUAGAAUCGAACUUUCGAUUGAUCCAGGCACUUGGGGUCCUAUGGAUGAAGACAUGAUCUCUCUGGAUCCCAUUGAAUUUCAGUCUGAAGAAGAGCUUUAUAAAGAUCGUAUUGACUUUUAUCAAAGAAAGACAGGAUUAACUGAGGCUAUUCAAACAGGCACGGGUCAACUAAACGGUAUUCCUAUAGCAAUCGGGGUUAUGGAUUUUCAGUUUAUGGGGGGGAGUAUGGGAUCCGUAGUAGGCGAGAAAAUCACCCGUUUGAUCGAAUAUGCUACCAAUAAUUUUUUACCUCUUAUUCUAGUGUGUGCUUCCGGAGGAGCACGCAUGCAAGAAGGAAGUUUGAGCUUGAUGCAAAUGGCUAAAAUAUCUUCCGCUUUAUAUGAUUAUCAAUCAAAUAAAAAGUUAUUUUAUGUAUCAAUUCUUACAUCUCCUACUACUGGUGGAGUGACCGCGAGUUUUGGUAUGUUGGGGGAUAUCAUUAUUGCUGAACCCAAUGCCUAUAUUGCAUUUGCGGGUAAAAGAGUAAUUGAGCAAACAUUGAAUAAAACAAUACCGGAAGGUUCACAGGCGGCUGAAUAUUUAUUCCAUAAGGGUUUAUUCGAUCCAAUCGUACCACGUAAUCCUUUAAAAGGUGUUCUGAGUGAGUUAGUUCAGCUCCACGGUUUUUUUCCGUUGAAUCAAAAUUCAAUCAAGUAGAGUCUUAAGUGAAAUUUUUUGAUUUGUAGUGAAAAGGUAGUUAGUUAGUUUAUCAGAAUCAAAGUCAAAGCCCAUUACGCGGGCUUUGACUUUGUGACAAAAAAAGGAAUUGUCGAAAAACAAAUUAUGUGGAUAAUUAUUAUUAUCAUUAUCCGAUAUUACUAAUGAGUAAACCUCUAGCAACAAGAUAAAAAGCGAAUUUUUCCUUCUGUGAAAUGAAAUUCGAAUUUGGAGAGACAAAUAAAACGAAUUUGAUCUUCCUCUAUUGCGUAUGUAUAUAUAAUUUAAAUAGAGAAAAAAUAGAAUAGAAAUAUAGAGUUUUGCAUCUUUCUAUAUCUCCCGAAAAUUCUAUUUUUACUAAUAAUCCCUGUUCUUGGAUCGGAUUCUAACGAAUCGAAUCUUUCGACAAUUUGUAAUAAACUCUUUCUUUAGUAAAUUCAAAAAUUCAAAUUAGAAGACAAGAACAAUAGAAUAAUAAGAAAAGUAAGAAUAAAGUAAGAUAAUAAAGAAAGUGGAUUAUCUUAUCAUAUACACCUAUUUUAUUUGAUUUAAAAAGAUGGGCAAGUCCUUUUAUUUAAUUCUACAUUCCUUGCACUUAUUAGAUAUCUAUUAGAUAUAUAGACUCGCUUAGAUAUACUUAGUAUUUAGAUAUAAUUAGUAUAAUAUACCAAUUAUAAUAUAAUCGUUAUAAGAUAUAUUUCUAACUAAACAAUAUAACAAUAACAGGUACAAAUAUUAAAUUGAGGUACCCAUUUUAUGACAACUUUCAGCAGUUUUCCCUCUAUUUUUGUGCCUUUAGUAGGCCUAGUAUUUCCGGCAAUUGCAAUGGCUUCUUUAUCUUUGUAUGUUCAAAAAACUAAGAUUUUUUAGAUUCGAUGGGGCCAAGACCAAAUCUUAUCUAUUUUUUUUUCAA